AUGCAUAUCCUGCUAGUCAAUGACGAUGGCCCACCCAACAAGCGCCUCUCGCCCUACGUGCGCCCUCUAGUCGACGAGCUCCACGCCGCCGGCCACCAAGUUUCCGUCGCCAUCCCGGCCUCCUCCCGCUCAUGGAUCGGCAAAGCCCACAUCAUCGAAGCCUCUCUAACCGCAAGCUUCGUCCACCCAGACUCCUUCCACGACGACGGCUCCUGGGACGAACACUACGAGCCAAGCCCUGAAUCCGCACACCUCGCCGAUUGGGUGGUCAUUCAGAACGGCACACCGGCUAGCUGCGCCCAGCUCGGUCUAUACAAUCUCUUCCCGGACCGCCCGCCAAUUGACAUUGUCAUUUCGGGCCCUAACCAUGGUCGCAAUGCCUCGACUAUUUACAAUUUAUCCUCGGGGACGGUCGGCGGUGCCCUCGAGGCUGUGUUCUGUGGUCAGCGCGGUAUCGCGAUUUCCUUUGGUAGUAAGGAUCCGCAAGCGGCGGAUGUGAUUGCUGCUGCGGCGCGGCAUGCCGUUCGUAUCGUGGAUCAUUUGCUUGGCCAUUGGGAUGAGCGUGUUGAGCUGUAUAAUAUCAAUGUCCCCAUGCGCAUUGAUGUCGAGACACAGCCCGUCUUGUAUACGCGUACUCUGCCGUAUUACUGGUCGCGUGGCUGUUUGUAUGCCGAGGCCGAGCCCAAGCCUACGAAGAUGGUUAAUGGUGCGUUGACGAAUGGUGUUCACAAGGAGCAGCGUGAUGAGGUUGCCGUCAAUGGAGCGAAUGGCGCAAAUGGUGUUAAUGGUGUCAACGGCGUGAAUGGCGUCAAUGGCGUCAAUGGACAUGUCGAGGCGCCGAGCCGCAAGCAGCGCCAUUUCAAGUGGUCUGCUGAUUUGUCGGAUAUGAAGAAGAGACUCCAGGAGAGCGAGGAGGGUACGGAUGCACACACCGUCCUCAACGGAUCGACUAGUGUGACCGCUCUCCGCGCCAACUUCUGGCACGUCCCCGGUCUAGACGGGCCGCUGCACCUGGAUCAAUAG